AUGAUUGACAGUGACGAAGAACCCUUCACUGUCAUAGCACUGCCAGUUAAUACUCCGGAACCACCAGGACGGACGAUUAACAAAAUACCUCGUAUAAGAAUACGCUAUUACUCCAGAAGCAAUGAGAAUUUGAUAAUUACUGACAAUUUGGCAGCGAGUUACGGUAAGAAGAACGGCAUGUGGUACGGCGGCACAGCCACGGGUACCAGUGGAUGGUCUCGAGCUGGUACUCGCAAACAAUCGGUGGCCGAGUCUGACGCACCCCCACCCGGAGGCGGCAAGCCAGCCAGUGGCAGAGUGAUUCGGAUCAUCAACAACAUGGACCAUUCUAUACAGUGUCGUGUUUUAUUAAACUUACGUACAACGCAACCCUUCGAAGAGGUUUUAGAGGAUUUAGGGCAGGUUUUAAAAAUGAGCGGAGCAAAGAGGAUGUACACAAUUACGGGGCAAGAGGUGAGGAGCUUUUCACAGUUGCGAAACGAAUUCGCUGAUGUAGAGACGUUUUAUUUGGGAGCAGCGAUGGUACCUCCCGCUCUCAGUCCGGGAAUAAGCGCUCCUCUACCUAUAGAGUCACCAAUAAGAAGAUCCAGGUCUAGAGGGAACGUAUCAGCUGUGUCAGUGCCUGAAGAGGGGCGUGGUCGGCGCGCGCGCAGCAAAAGUCGACCGCGCGUACUAUACGCACCAGAAGGAGAAAUAAUAAGAAAUUCAGAUUACACCCUCCUAGAGGUUUUAAAGGAAGAGCCUAUCCGUGUAACAAUACGCGGUCUGCGUCGAACCUUCUACCCUCCAAUACACCACGCGCCGAUAGACAACAGUCCUCCGGAUAAAAAGAUGCAACUGGAAUGGGUAUACGGUUAUCGCGGCUUUGAUUCACGUCGCAACCUGUGGGUGCUGCCCACCGGUGAGUUGCUUUACUACGUCGCAGCGGUGGCCAUCAUGUAUGACAGAGAUGAACACGCCCAGAGACAUUACACUGGACACACUGAGGAUAUACAGUGUAUGGAGUUGCACCCUUCCCGCGAGCUGGUGGCGAGCGGUCAGCGCGCGGGGCGAGGUCGCCGGGCGCAGGCCCACGUCCGUAUCUGGAGCACCGACACGCUUCAGACGCUGCACGUGUUCGGGAUGGCGGAGUUCGAGGCCGGAGUCUCCGCGGUCGCCUUCUCGCAACUGAACGGAGGUAGUUACGUAUUAGCAGUCGACGCCGGUCGCGAAAGUAUUCUGUCCGUGUGGCAGUGGCAAUGGGGACAUCUGCUAGGCAAAGUUGCGACUCUUCAAGAGGAGCUGACAGGCGCCGCCUUCCACCCACUGGAUGACAACCUGCUGAUCACACACGGGAAGGGCCACCUCGCCUUUUGGAACAGGAGGAAGGACGGCUUCUUCGAACGAACGGAUAUUAUUAAACCGCCGGCUCGCACACAAGUCACAGCCCUACAGUUCGAGCAAGACGGUGACGUAGUGACGGCCGAUAGUGAUGGGUUCAUAACGAUAUAUAGCGUCGAUAGUGAUGGGGCUUACUUUGUACGAAUGGAGUUUGAGGGUCACAUAAAAGGAAUUUCUUCAUUAGUAAUGCUCUCAGAAGGCACUCUUAUAUCUGGCGGUGAGAAGGAUAGAAAAAUUGCUGCUUGGGAUUCCUUACAAAAUUAUAAGAGAAUAACUGAAACAAAGCUGCCCGAAUCGGCUGGUGGAGUACGAACGAUUUAUCCACAAAGACCUGGCAGAAACGAUGGCAAUCUAUACAUAGGAACUACGAAAAAUAACAUUCUAGAAGGAUCACUACAGAGGCGAUUCAAUCAGGUGUUAUUCGGUCAUCACAAACAAUUAAUGGGUGUAGCUGUUCAUCCCGAUGAUGAAAUGUUCGCCACCGCCGGCCACGACAAGAAUAUAGCUCUCUGGAAAGGACAUAAGUUAAUAUUUGCCACACAGGUGGGCUAUGAAUGUGUGUCUCUAGCGUGGCAUUCCGGCGGGGGGGCGUUGGCAGCCGGCAGUACUGAGGGUCACCUGGUCAUACUGAACGCUGAUGCUGGAACACACGUAGCCACCAUCAGGGUCUGUGGCUCUCCUCUCAGCUGUUUGCAAUACAACACUGCCGGAGACGUACUAGCCAUUGGAUCCCAAAACGGCAGCAUAUAUUUAUUCCGCGUGUCACGUGAUGGGUUUUCUUAUAAAAAGUCGAACAAGAUCCGCGGAGCUCAGCCUCUUGUGAUGCUGGACUGGAGUCUCGAUGGAAACUACUUACAGACAGUUACCGCCGACUAUGAUUUAUCAUUUUGGGACAUCAAGGCUCUAUCACCUGAGAAGAGUCCGAUAGCUAUGAAAGACGUCAAGUGGGCUACAUUUAAUUCGACAGUUGGCUUUCUUGUUUCAGGAAUGUGGAAUAAUCGUUUUUAUCCUAUGACGUCUCUCAUAACUGCCGCGAGUCGCUCUGCGGCUCACGACCUUUUAAUAAGUGGAGAUUCAGAAGGCCAUCUUCGUCUUUUCAGGUAUCCCUGCGCGAGUCCAAAGGCCGAGUACAAUGAGAUCAAGGUAUAUUCUGGAGCGAUCCACGCCGCCCGGUUCCUCUUCAACGACCGCUGCCUGGUCACCUCCGGCGGGUCUGACGCUGCUCUCAUGCUGUGGGAACUAGUGGACGACUAG